AUGAGGCGAAAUAUAGAUAUUUGGAAAGCUUUGAAUAUUUUUCUGAUCAUUUGGCUCUUCCAUUUGGCGAAGAAAUCUGGCGAAAUCAAGGAGAAAAAGGUGUACCUUGGAAUUUUUACGUCAACAAGAGAUUAUGAAAAUCGCGCUGCGCAACGAGAAACCUGGCUGAAGACAUCCAAAUUCAAGUACAGAUUCCUUCCGGAUGCUUGGUCCAAAAAGUUAGAACACGAGUCAGAGAAAUUCCAAGACAUUAUUUUUCUUGGAAACACAACCGGCCGAGGAGGGGCAAGAUUGUACAAUUGGCUUGAAUACGCGAUCUCGGAGUUUCCGAAAAAUUCGCUUAUCGGAAUUACCAAUAGUGAUUUCUAUGCCUGCGAAGAUCUUUACACAACCGUACAAGAAUACAAUAGGCAACGUCGAAUGGUUUUCGGCUGGUGGCACGACCGCGAUCCAAACUGGCUAGACGAACGAUUUCCAAAUACAAAGCACCGACCAAAUGAGCAGUUUGUUGUGAUCACGUGGGAACUUGCAGCGGAGAUUCUAAAAUGGCCAUAUUGUCUACCAAGCAAAGAUGGGGCGAAAUGCAAUAUUGACAGUGGAAAAUACCGGGUUGAUACUACUCAUGCUGGCUCAUCUCUUGGAGGCUGGCUUGGAGAUAUCGGAAAUAUCACAGGAAUUAGAAUGAAUGAUGAAAUGGCACAUCUCACUCCUUUCUCAAAGGAUCGCUAUCCAAAUCCAAUCAACGAAAAAUUCUGCAAGCACUUCUUGUCGUACCACAAAUCGACUGCAGAACUAAUGCGGCAUCUUCACUGUCACGAUGAGCUUCUUGAAGAAAAACGAAUCUGUAGAAAAGUCGAAACAUUGAAAGAGUUUCAAAUACAAUUUUGA